AUGAAGUUGAACCGCGUCACACAGAUCAAAUCUAGGCAGGCCAAUUUAGACAUCAGCAGCGAUACCAAAGGCGACGCAACACCUCCUUCCAUUGAUCAGCUGUCACAGAUAUUCCAACGCGAUGGUGUACAGCUUGCGGCUUCAGCAUGCUCGAAGGCUAUGACGGAGGCGAACCUACACCCCGGCGAAGUAACCCACGUCGUGGCGGUCACUUGCACCGAUCAAAGUAACCCGGGGUACGACCUGCUCGUCUGCAAGACUCUGAAGCUCCACCCAGGUGUACAGAGAACCCUCCUACACGGAGUUGGUUGUGCAGGAGGGCUAUCAGCACUUCGCGCCGCCGCGAACAUUGCUGCAGCCGAGUCCCAACGAGGAAGACCUGCUCGUGUGCUUGUCAUGGCAUGUGAGCUCUGCAGUCUUUUCCUGAAGGCCGAGCUCCAUGCAGCUAGUUGCGACGAAAAGUUACACAUCGCCCCCGCACUCUUCUCAGACGCCGCCGCUGCACUGGUAGUAUGCAACCAGUCGGCUCUUAUGCGAGACCAGAAACCGAUAUAUGAGUUGCAAGAGUGUGGAAGCAUGCUCGUUCCGAAUACGACGCAAUACAUGUCGUACGACAUCACUGCCAAGGGCAUGAUCGCCUCGAUAACGAAAGAAGUGCCCAAGACAGCUGUCAGCGCGAUACAACCCAUGUUCGACCAACUCCGCAAACAAAUAUGUGCAACGCACAACAAACAAGACCCACCUCGGACCCCAACGGCGCCUUCGGACUUUGACUGGGCCGUCCAUCCAGGUGGCGCCGCGAUUCUGCAAGGCGCGCAACAAGCCAUGGGUCUCGCCGAAGAUCACAUCCGCGCGUCGCUCGAGAUAUACCGUUCGUACGGCAAUUCUUCAAGCCCGACUGUGCUCAUCGUGCUGGAUCAGCUGCGUCGCAUGGGACAAGGCCGGGACAAUGUUAUUGCCACUAGUUUUGGACCCGGCAUGAUGAUCGAGAUGUGUAUGCUGAAGAGGUGUCGUCAUGUGGAUGUUACACCUCGCUUGAAGACUCAGGUCAAGAAAGAGGAUAUGUGGCAGGCUCUGCAGUUCAAGUUGGCGAGGCUGAUGAAGUGGCAUAUCGCGUUGGAUGAUCCGAGAAGGGCGAAGCGCGAACAUGGUUUGGUUGUGUUGUAA